AAGGGAAUUAAUUGGGACGGCCCUCCACAAAAACUGGGAAAGAUUGGGAGGGAGAAGAUCGAUCGAUUGAUCGAAAAUGGAGAGCGCAUGCGAACUUGUAGAGUUCCCGCAGCUGCCAACUCCGAUCGAGACGAAUUACAGGGCAUGCACCAUACCUUACAGGUUCCCUUCCGAUAAUCCAAAGAAGGCUACGCCCACUGAGAUCGCCUGGAUUAACCUCUUCCUCAACUCCAUCCCUUCUUUCCGAAAGCGUGCCGAGAGUGACGAUUCCGUCACGGAUGCUCCACUGAGAGCUGAUAAAUUUGCUCAAAGGUAUGCUGGAAUACUUGAGGAUUUGAAGAAAGAUCCUGAGAGCCACGGUGGACCACCUGACUGCAUUCUUCUUUGCCGACUUCGUGAACAAGUUCUAAGAGAAGUGGGAUUCAGAGAUAUAUUUAAAAGGGUUAAGGAUGAAGAAAAUGCUAAAGCUAUUUCCUUAUUUGAGCAUGUAAUUCGCCUCAAUGAUGCUAUUGAGGAUGAAGCUAUGCGCGUUGAGAAUUUGGUUAAAGGAAUAUUCGCAGGAAACAUAUUUGACCUUGGCUCUGCCCAGCUUGCAGAGGUGUUCUCCAAUGAUGGCAUGUCUUUUCUUGCCAGCUGUCAAAAUCUUGUUCCUCGACCAUGGGUUAUUGAUGAUUUGGAUGCAUUUAUAUUGAAAUGGAGCAAAAAAUGUUGGAAAAAGGCUGUAAUUUUUGUUGAUAACUCAGGUGCAGAUAUCAUUUUGGGAGUUUUACCAUUUGCAAGAGAGUUACUUCUCCGUGGGACACAGGUUGUUUUGGCAGCUAAUGACCUGCCUUCUAUAAACGAUGUAACUCACACAGAGCUAAUUGAUAUUAUUUCUAAGCUGAAGGAUGAGCAUGAAAAGCUUGCAGGAGUUGAUACUUCCAAUCUUUUUAUUGCAAAUUCUGGUAAUGAUUUGCCGGUUAUAGAUCUUACCAGAAUAUCACAGGAGCUUGCAUAUCUGGCGAGUAAUGCUGACAUUGUCAUUCUGGAGGGCAUGGGCCGUGGAAUAGAAACUAACUUAUAUGCUCAAUUCAAAUGUGAUUCUCUUAAGAUUGGAAUGGUAAAGCACCCAGAGGUGGCACAGUUCCUUGGGGGAAGGUUGUACGAUUGCGUCUUCAAGUACAACGAGGUUUUGGGUUAAACUAACCUCAACCCCCAGAUUUUAUGUGACUUAAAGAAAGAUGCAGAUUAUUGCGUUAAAAAAAUGGAAGGAAAAAUAAAGGCAGUCUGGGUCCUGGCAUGGCACCACACCUGAAAUCUCUAUUUAUGGACUUGAAAAAAAAAGCAGUUUGUGUUGUUUGGUUGUGUUGGAAUAUCUUAGAUAUUUUUAGAUAUUUUCAGAUAUUUUUCUAUUUCGUUAGUUACGGUUGUUACGUUGGUUACAAUGCCUUUAGCCUGGCUCGUUCCCCUUUAUAUUUCUCCCUCUUGUAUGCUUCCUUCUUGAACAAGUUAAUGCAAUUUUCUCUUUCCUCAACUUCCUUUCUUUGCGUUAUC